AUGGUUUCAAUUAGACCAUGUCAAGUCAGUGAUUUGCUUGCUAUGCAAAAUGCAAAUCUUACCUGUUUACCAGAAAACUAUCAAAUGAAAUACUACUUGUAUCAUCAUCUUACAUGGCCACAACUCUCUUUUGUCGCUGAAGAUGAAGGUAACAAACUCGUUGGUUAUGUUUUAGCAAAGAUUGAUGAAAACAAUCCAAAGAAAGGACAUAUUACAUCGUUGGCAGUUUUAAGAUCACAUAGAAAGCUUGGUGUAGCUACUAAACUUAUGAAACAAGCUCAAGCUGCAUUGGUUGAAACAUUUGAUGCUGAAGUAGUAUCACUUCACGUUCGUAAGAGUAACAGAGCUGCAUUCACAUUAUAUCAUGAAAUUUUGAAAUUCAAGAUCCAAGAAAUUGAAAAGGAAUAUUAUGGAGACAAAGAAGAUGCAUAUUCAAUGACAUUGGCAUUAAAGCCAGAGCAUGAAAUGACAAUUAAAGAUAAAGAUUUGAAAAAAGAAGAAAAGAAACCAGAACCUAUCAAAAAGGCUGCCAAAAAGGCUGCUGGUAAAAAGAAAUAA